AUGCGAGCCUCAGCUGUUGUGCGCCAGGCGACUGCGCCAGGCUCGCGAGAAGCCUACGACAAGGCGCUGCUAUACGCGACAGACCUCGUCCGCCGCGCAGACCACGAGUCGAUCUAUGCCUCCUACUUCUACCCCUCGAGCGUCCGCCCGGCAUACCUCGCCCUCCGUGCGCUCAAUGUCGAGCUGGCGGGGCUUCCAGACCAGGUGUCGAAUCAGCUCGUCGGGCGAAUGCGGUUCCAGUGGUGGAAGGACGCGAUCAAGGGUCUCUACGAGGGCCGACCACCUCCUCACCCCCUUCUCAACCUCCUCUCCCAGCUUCCUCAGCGACCCUUCCUCUCGUCCUACCACUUCACCCGGCUAAUCUCAACCCGCGAAGCCAACUUCAUGAACCCGACAUUCCAUUCUCUUCAGGACCUCGCCGACUACAGCGCCGGCACGCAAGCUUCGCUUCUCUAUCUCCUCCUUCAGGCGACGGCUGCAGGUUCAGCACCUCCCGCUUCUCAAGGCUUCUCGACUGGAGCCGGUCUUCGACACGCGACGCCGUUUCAGCAUACCGGUGCGGAGCACGAGCACGACGCGGGAGCAGGCCAAAGCGGACAAGCUGCGAAGGAAGCGGACGACUUGACGCUUGACCACGCUGCAAGUCACCUCGCUGUCGCCAUUACCAUCGCCACACUCCUUCGCUCGAUCCCCCAUCAUGCUGCUAAGCGGACUAAUGUCAUACCGCUAGAAGUCGCUGCCCGGCAUAACUUGCGCGAAGAGGCGCUCUUCCGCUCAGGACCCGAGGCCGAAGGGCUGCAGGAUGCCGUGGCGCAAUUGGCCGGAAUCGCAGAGGCCGAGUUGCGGACAGCGAGAGAAUGCUUCGAGGGGACGAAGGGCGUGCCAGCGCGCGCCGUGCCUGUAUUCCUGUCCGCUACUCCCGCCCGCUCCUACCUCGCUCGCCUUGCCUCGCCCAAAAUCGACUACAACCCCUUCGACGCGUCACUGCACAAGCGGUAUUGGAAGCUGCCGUUCCAGGUGUGGGGCGAUGCGCGCAACAAGCGGUUCUGA